GGCCUUUGUCCUGGGGCAUACUCUCCUGACUUCUUGUCCAGAUGAAGGGGAUAGCUUCCUAGAAUGGAUCAGAUGUACUUAGCGGCUGGAAGAGCCACAUUCAAAUCCCACUGUGACCCUGAUUAACUUGGGGACCUUGAAUGAGGCAGAAGCCACUUCCUUCCUUUUUCAGGAGUUCCGGGUCCUCAUGCUACCCCCUGGUCGUUCAGAGACACACCUGGACUGGUGACUCCCAAGAUUCCGAGAGUGACGCCAUGGACAAUCCGGGCUUUCGGAGAGGGAGCUUCAACAGCUUCCGCAGCAGCAGCAGUGAUGAAGAUAUGGUGGAGAUUUCGGGGACCACCUUGGACUUCUCCAUGACAGAUGACGUCCCUCCGCUUGACAGAGACCUGGGAGAGUUCAUGUCAUACAAUGGAGGAGAGACGAAUGUUCCAAAUAAGAUGAUGGACUUCUUAGAGGAGCCUAUCCCCGGAGUGGGGACCUAUGAAGACUUCAAUACCAUCGACUGGGUGAGGGAGAAAUCCAGGGACCGCGACAGGCACCGAGAGAUCACCAAUAAAAGCAAAGAGUCUACCUGGGCCCUAAUUCACCGUGUGAGUGAUGCCUUUUCGGGCUGGCUGCUGAUGCUGCUUAUUGGGCUCUUGGCAGGUUCCCUCGCUGGCUUGAUAGACAUCUCUGCUCAUUGGAUGACGGACUUGAAGGAAGGCAUAUGCUUGAGGGGCUUCUGGUUUAACCAUGAACAUUGCUGCUGGAACUCAAAACAAGUCACUUUUGAAGACAGAGACAACUGCUACGAGUGGAACACCUGGUCCGAGCUGAUCAUCGGCAAGUCCGAGGGAGCCUUUGCCUACAUCCUCAAUUAUUUCAUGUAUGUCCUCUGGGCCCUCCUCUUACGCCCUUCUGGCCGUCUCCCUCGUCCAGUGUUUGCACCCUAUGCCUGUGGCUCUGGAAUCCCUGAGAUCAAGACAAUUCUGAGCGGUUUCAUUAUUAGAGGCUAUUUGGGAAAGUGGACACUGAUCAUUAAAACCAUCACUCUGGUGCUGGCAGUAUCAUCUGGCUUGAGCCUGGGCAAAGAAGGCCCCCUCGUCCAUGUCGCGUGCUGCUGUGGAAACAUCCUGUGCCACUGUUUCACCAAGUACAGGAAAAAUGAAGCCAAGCGCCGAGAGGUGUUUUGUGUCGUAGCGGCAGCAGGUGUUUCUGUAGCCUUUGGGGCUCCCAUUGGCGGGGUGCUGUUUAGCCUGGAAGAGGUAAGGCAAAUGUGAUCGUUAUUAUUUCCCCUCAAAACAUUGUGGCGGUCUUUCUUUGCUGCUCUGGUGGCAGCAUUUACUCUGCGUUCCAUCAACCCUUUUGGGAACAGCCUCGUUCUGUUUUAUGUGGAGUUUCACACUCCAUGGCAUCUCCUGGAGCUCGUGCCAUUUGUGCUCUUGGGGAUCUUUGGGGGCCUCUGGGGAGCCUUCUUUAUCCGAGGCAACAUCGCCUGGUCGAAGCGUAAGAACACCCAGCUAGGCAAGUAUCCAGUGCUGGAGGUACUUAUUGUAACGGCCGUCACGGGCAUCCUGGCUUUCCCCAACGAGUAUACACGCAUGAGUACCAGCGAGCUUAUUUCCGAGCUUUUCAAUGACUGUGGCCUCCUGGAUUCCUCCAAGCUCUGUGACUAUGUGAGCAACUUCAAUACCAAAGGGGACCAGCUGCCGGACAGGGCUGCCGAAGGGGUCUAUACGGCUGUGUGGCAGCUCUCUCUGGCUCUCGUCAUGAAGAUUCUUAUCACUAUCUUCACCUUUGGGAUAAAGGUCCCUCUGAGUCUCUUCAUUCCAAGCAUGGCUGGCGCCAUAGCUGGGAGACUCCUAGGCGUGGGAAUGGAACAGCUAGCUUUCUAUCACCACGACUGGCCCAUCUUCAGCGGUUGGUGCAGCCAAGGAGCUGACUGUAUCACCCGCCUUUAUGCCAUGGUCGGCGCAGCAACCUGCUUAGGUGGAGUGACACGUAUGACUGUGUCCCUAGUCGUCAUCAUGUUUGAACUCACCGGAGGUUUGGAGUACAUCGUGCCCCUGAUGGCCGCAGCUAUGACCAGCAAGUGGGUGGCGGAUGCCAUUGGGCGGGAGGGCAUUUACGAUGCCCACAUUCGCCUCAACGGUUACCCGUUCUUAGAAGCGAAGGAAGAGUUCACCCAUAAAACUCUGGCAAUGGAUGUGAUGAGACGUCAGAGUGACCCGACGCUCAUGGUCCUCACACAGGACAGCAUGACCGUGGAGGACGUGGAGACGCUGAUCAGCGAGACCACCUACAGUGGCUACCCAGUGGUCGUGUCUCGAGAGUCUCAGAGGCUGGUGGGCUUUGUCCUCAGGAGAGACCUCAUCAUUUCAAUUGAAAAUGCUCGGAAGAAGCAGGAUGGCAUUGUGAGCACAUCCAUCAUCCAUUUCACGGAUCACUCGCCUCCACUGCCUCCACACGCCCCGUCACUCAAACUUCGCAACAUCCUGGACCUAAGUCCUUUCACGGUCACGGACCAAACGCCCAUGGAGAUCGUGGUGGACAUAUUCCGAAAACUAGGGCUUCGCCAGUGUCUGGUCACACACAAUGGGCGGCUUCUGGGAAUUAUUACCAAAAGGAUGUAUUGAAGCACAUAGCCAGAUGGCCACCAAGAUCCUGAUUCCAUACUUUUCAACUGAAGUUCCAGAUCUGCACUGGGGAUCCACCAACUAGAAGAUGGGACACUAUUGCAAUUGUUCAGAAAACCCAAGUACCCAGUGCAGUGACGGGAGCAUUUCCCAUUUGGAAUGAGGCUGACAAUCACAUAUUGUUGGUGACUUCCCUCCCAGCUAACCCAUUGCACUACAGAAUCUUCUCAUUUGGAGAGCAUGCUCCCGAGGCAUUUGGGAAGUUACAUUGCAAAGAUUUCAUGAAGGAGUCAAAGAAAAUUGCCAUAGGAGGAUGCUCUUCCUUCCCUUCCUCUCCCUUCUUUUCCUUCCUUCCCUCCCCUCCCUUCCUUCCCCUUCUCUCUCUCUCUCUCUCUCUCUCUCUUUCUCUCUUCAUUCCCUCCAUUUGUUACCCUUCUCUUUUUCCCCUUCCUUCCCCUUCUCUUUUCUUUCUCCUUCCUUUUCUUACCCUUUUUCCUUCCCCUUCUCUCUCCUUCCUUCCCUAUCCUUCCUUCCCCUUCUCUUUUCCCUCUUUUUUUUUAAUAAGAUCUUUAUUUUUUUAACUUUGGUAACUAAUGAUUAGCCAGCUCAGCCAUCACUAAAACCUCUGCAAAGGAACCUCUUGGCCCUUGGCCCCCUCCCUGGUCUUUGGUCCUUUUGGGGUCCAGACCCACCAAGUCAGAGCUCUGUUCGGGUUUGUCGACAGCCGGGAAGAAGCGAGGAGUCCCGUGGGAUUCUCCGCAGCUUGGGGGAGGGGUGCAUUUCCAACAGGUGGUCCUGUGCCUGUUAAACUAUUUAAUGGGAUUCCAGAUUCUCGUUGUCCCCACAUAUAGGGUGUAGGUGGGGGAUGGGAAAAGCUCGCCCGCCUCUCUUUGUGGGAAAUUCCUGGAUCCUCCCAGAAUGCUGCUUGAUUCACCCUCUUGCUGUACGCAUGGGGAGGCCCUUCUGUAGCUUGCUUACUUGUUGCUCACACUACUUAUAUCAAGAGCAAAAAUGUUAUAUAGCUUUCUCUCUGCCUGCAAAAAGGCUCCCUCUUAAUCAGCUAGAUUUGUAAACAGCAGCAAAAAUGAUUUCUUCCUUGUUCCUGAAACAAAUGCCAUGUGACAAUUGAUUCAUUAAAGGACGUUGGGAGAAUAAAAGCUUUUGUGGAGAUGUGA